CCGUUGCCAGGAGCGACGGCUCCGCCCUCCGGACUGGGCGGGCUUCGCGUGACCGGAAGUCCGCUCUAUCCCCCCAGCUCCUGAGGAGACUCGAUGGUUUAGCGGGCGAACGGCGUUGACACCGGCUCCGUUACCGCCGCUUCCCUCCCGCCGCCAUGGCGCAGGCCCGAGGGGUGAACAGCCUCCGCUUCAACCAGGACCAGAGCUGUUUCUGCGUGGCGAUGGAUUCCGGGGUUCGGAUCUUCAACGUGGAGCCACUGAUGGAAAAGGGGCAUUUGGACGCGGAGCAAGUGGGGAGCGUGGGGCUGGUGGAGAUGCUGCACCGCUCCAACCUGCUGGCCAUCGUGGGGGGCGGCAGCCACCCCAAAUUCCCCGAUGUCUCGGUGCUGAUCUGGGAUGACGCCCGGGAGGGGAAGGACAAACUGGUGCUGGAGUUCACCUUCCCCAAACCCGUCCUGGCCGUCCGCAUGCGACACGACAAGCUGGUGGUGGUGCUGCAGAGCCGCAUCUACGUCUUCUCCUUCCCCCACAACCCCACCAAACUCUUCGAGUUCGACACCCGCGACAACCCCAAAGGGAUCUGCGAUCUCUGUCCCAGUUUGGAGAAGCCGUUACUGGUUUUUCCUGGUCACAAGUGCGGGAGUCUGCAGCUGGUGGACCUGGGCAGCGCGAAGCCGGGGACGUCGUCGGCGCCGUUCACCAUCAACGCGCAUCAGAGCGACGUGGGCUGCGUCGCGCUCAGCCCCCCCGGCGCCCUGGUGGCUUCGGCCUCGCGCCGCGGCACCCUCAUCCGCCUCUUCUGCACCCAGAGCCGCGCCCGCCUGCUCGAGCUGCGCCGCGGCACCGACCCCGCCACCCUCUACUGCCUGGCCUUCAGCCCCGACUCCGCCUUCCUCUGCGCCGCCAGCGACAAAGGCACCGGCCACGUCUUCGCGCUCAGGGACACGCGGCUCAACCGCCGCUCGGCGCUGGCGCGGGUGGGGAAGGUGGGGCCGGUGCUGGGCCCCUACGUGGAGUCGCAGUGGUCGCUGGCCAGUUUCACCGUCCCGGCCGAAGCCCCCUGCCUCUGCGCCUUCGGGAGGGGGGGGCGCAGCCCCAGCUCCGUCGUGGCCGUCUGCGUGGACGGGACGUUCCACAAAUACGUGUUCAGCCCCGACGGCAACUGCAACCGCGAGGCCUUCGACGUCUUCCUCGACAUCUGCGACGACGACGACUUCUGACGCAGCCCCCCCCCCCCAAAAAACCCGACACCACCCCCCCCCCCCAAAAAACCACCACCCCACUCUCGGCCCCGUUCAUUUUAUUGGUACAAAGAGGUGGAUUAAAAA